GGAAGGAGUAUAUUUUCUUUCUGCAGAUCAUGAGGAAAGGAAAGGUUUUUCUGGUGGUAGGAGAAGGAAGUCAGAAUAGAGGUAUUGUGGGGUAGGUUUGUUUAGAACAGAAAUCAAAGACCAAAUUUUCUGAGAGAAAGAAAGAACAUCUGCAAAUGAAAUGCUGUUCCUACAACUUGUAUUGCUAGCAGUUCUCCUCCCACCUGGUGACAAUAAAGAUGACUUCCAGGAACUAGUCUCCUUCCAAAUCAUCCAAAUCACAUCUUUCUACAACAAUUCCUGGGUACAAAGUCUGUGCUCAGGUUGGUUGGGUGAGUUGCAGACUCAUGAGUGGGACAGUAACUGUGGCAACACCAUUUUCCUGUGGCCCUGGUCCAAGGGCAACUUCAGCAAUAAAGAGUGGAUGGAAGUGGAAAGAUUAAUCCGUAUGUUCUUCACUGGAAUUCCUCGGGCAUUUCACAACCAUGCCAGUCAAUGGCAGCUUGAAUAUCCCUUUGAGUUACAGAUAGCAGGAGGCUGUGAGCUGCACUUUGGGGGAGCCUCAGUAGGCUUCCUACGGAUUGCUUAUCAAGGAUCAGAUUUCCUGAGCUUGCAGGACACUUCAUGGUUGCCAUCUCCAAAGGGUGGAAGUAGGGCUCAGCAAGUCUCCAAACUAUUCAAUUUGGACACAGUCUUCCUGAGAAUAAAACAUAGGAUGGUCACUGACACCUGCCCACGUUUCCUCUUGAGUCUUCUUGAUGCAGGGAAGGCAGAUCUCCAGCAACAAGUACAGCCAGAGGCCUGGCUGUCCAGUGGCCCCAGUUCCGGCCCUGGCCGCCUGAUGCUGAUUUGUCAUGUCUCCGGCUUCCACCCGAAGCCUAUUUGGGUGAUGUGGAUGAAAGGUGAGCAGGGGCAUCCAGGCACUCAGCAAAGUGAUGUCUUGCCCAAUGCUGAUGGAACAUGGUAUCUUCGGAAGUCCUUGGAUGUGGAAACCGGUAAGACAGCUGGCCUGUCUUGCCGGGUAAGACACAGCAGUCUAGGAGGCCAGGACAUCAUCCUCUCCUGGGAACGCCACAGCUCCAUGGGCUGGAUCUUCUUGGCGGUGAUAGUGCCCCUAGUGCUUCUGACAGGUCUUGCGUUUUGGCUUAGGAAGCUCUGGAUACACAGUGAACUUCCAAGAACUCUUCUCCCUUUGGAAUGAGAUCCCUGCAGCCCAGAGUUUAUCUAAAUCCAAUACAAUGAUGAUGUCCUUUCAACUCUCUUUGUAAAACUUUUGUUAUUGUUUAUUUCUGCUUAAUGAUCAGUUGUCAACAUAAGAUAAAAGUAAUUUUGCAAGAUUUGUUGUUCUGCCCCGGGUUCUGGGACUUUAAAACUCAAAUUGUAACUCUUAAUGGAUGAGAUGCUAGCAACCUCCACAUAUUCAUAUAUUAAUGGGUCAUCAGGCCCAUUUCAGAUGUCAACUCCUCCAGAGGGCCUUCACUGAUUCACAAGUGGAAGCUGUCUCUGCCUUCUCUGAACUCCCAGUGCACUUGAACUGUAAUUUGCCAUAUCUGCUCCUCACUUCCUGCCCUGUGUUGCAGCUAUUUAGAUCCUUUUCCCCUUAUAAUUUUAAAGCUUUUUGAGAGCAAAGUCCACGUCUUUCUAAUAUUAGUAUCUAGGCAAAGUGUCUUACACACAUGAAUUAUGUUCUCAAUAAAAAUAUUUGUUGAAUUUA